GUGAUCCAGCUUUUGCUUGCAGCUGGUGCUAAGCUAGACUGUAGAGACAUCAGAGGCCAUACUCCACUUUUCGCUGCAUGUCUGUCCGGGAAUGUGGAAGCAGCUUCAAUUCUUAUUGAGGCAGGGGCUGACGUUAAAGUCAAGGAUAUACAUGGCAAAUCCCUCUUGCUUCAGUCGUGCCGGAAAGCAACUCCCGAGAUUGUUGAGAUACUGAUUGUCAAUGGAGCUUUGCCUCUCCCCAACACCCCUGACUUAAACCUACCAUUGUUUGCCGCAUGCGAGAGAGGACAUAGAGGAAUCGUUGAAUUGUUGAUCGACUAUGGCGCUGAUGUUAACUCUUCU